UUAGAGAAAGGAAGAAGCAGUCAAGCAGACACUCCCACUCGUCAUCUUCCUCUUCUUCUCCUCCACCAGAGCCCCCUCUCCUUAUAACUGCGUUCCCUCCCUCGCUUCCCUCGAGCGUUCGCGCGCUCCGUCUUCUACCUUUUCCAGGCUUAGCCUGUGGCAAUGGACUUCCCUUAUAUAGACCAGAUCGCCGCAUCGCUACGGAGCUGCUCUCUGGGCGAACACCGUCCUACUCCGUCGCCGCCGCCCAACAUCCCCGAUGCGAGCGCCGGGAGGAUCACAGUGGAGUUGAACUCGGAGAUACCCCUUCCCUUCUGCUGGGAUCAGCGGCUCGACAUUCAGACAGGGGAAAUCCACUACAUCAACUGGGAGACCGGCGAGAGGACCACCGCCGACCCUCGCUCCGCAGCCACUGCUUCUAUCUAUUCAUCGAGCUACUACUGCACCGACGAAGAGGAAGCCUCCGGUACCGGAAGCGGCAAAGAGGGAUGCGAAGAGGAGGAAGACGACGACAAUGGCAACGGCGACACAGCCGACCCCGAUGAAGACGAAUCCUCUGGUACCGGCAGCGGCAUAGAAACGCGCGACGAGGAAGAAGAUGACGACAGUACAGCCUGCUCCUCCGGCCCUUCCUCUACCGGAGACGACCGGCGAACCCUCGUUGCCGCCGGUUGCAGCGCCUGCUUCAUGUACUUGAUGGUCCACAACGGCACUCCCGCCUGCCCCAAGUGUGGCGCCGCCCUCAUCCACCUUGGCAACUGCCUCUGAGAAUGAUGCGUGAAAACAAAGAUCAGAAUAACAACGUUAGCUUCCAUUUUCCCCUUUCUCAUUCUUUCUGUAGAGUGGUGGCAAUAGUUGAGGAACUUGCGAUCUGAGGAUGAGAUGUUGAUUCGAUAUUUGAUCCUACACUUGCUGCCAAUCUGCUUGCCACCUGAGUACAGGGCACACAGCAGAGUGAUAGCGGAAUUAUGAGUUCGUUUUUGCUUUCAUUUUUCGUAAAUUGUUUUCUUGAAUUGCAUGUGUGGUAGUUGAUUAUGUUUUUAUAGUCCCUAGUGAAGAUAAAUAUAUUAACAACAAAAAGAAUUACAAAAUGUUAUAACUCAAAGACUAAACACGGAUAAAUU